AUGGCCGAGGCCCGGCCCGAGCAGGAGGACACGGCGAGGAGGGAGCAAGUGGUCCGGCGGCCGCCGAGCAGCGCCGCAGGACGUCCCGACAGAAGGAAGCCGGAGCAUCGUCACAGCCAGGGUCCUCUCUCGUCCAUCAGAGCAGCCAUCAAGAGAACCUCCACCAGUUCCACGUCCUCCUCCGAGGCCUCCAGGGACAGGGACAGGGAGCGAGACAGGAGGCGCCCGGAGAUCACCAUCCUGUCGGCAGAGCCGCUGUCCUCCGCCUCCUGGUUCCCCGGAGCGUCGGCAGGAUUCCCGCCUCCGCCUCCACCCGCGGCUCAGAUCUGGGGGCCCACCAUCCCUCCGUCAGUGCAGCCUCCUCCGUCCUAUGAGGAGGUGAUCAGGGAGAAGACUCAGGAGCAGGUUCUCCUUCCUCCUCCGUCCUCCUCCUCCUCCCUGAUAACGAUCUCCACCCAGACGGACACGGGAUCAGCCCCCCGCCCCGAAGCGAGAGGGCCGGAGAGACCGCCGCGGCCGCCUCUGUGCCGCCCCCCCCGACCGUCCCUCGUUGAUGACAUCACCCUCGCAGCCAGCCGAUCGUCACCUGACCUCCUCGCCGGACCCUGCCCGACCUCAACCUCCGGCGCUCAGACCGACCAACGGGAUCACUCCUUUGCCGCCGCCGCCGUGCCAACUCCUCCCACCGCGCCGACCCCCCCCGCCGCUUCCUCUCCCGACCCGUCGGAGCGUCCCAGGCCACGCCCACGUACCAGGCUCGGCGCCCGGCCAAUCGACAGCGACGUGAGGGUUCAGACUUUGGUGAAGCUGCGUGAGGACGGCGCGGCGACGCUAGCCGCCCGCGCGGGAGCUACCGCUGACCAGGAGGCGGGUCAAGGGAAGUACCUGCAGGAGCUGCUCCAGGCCUUCAGCACAGACGACUGGGGCUUCCCUGAUCGCCGUAGCGACAGCAGUGGGGACAGCCAAUCAGAGAGCGAGGAGGAGGAGGAGGAGGAGGAGGAGGAGGAGGAGGAGGAGGAGGACAUGGCGACUCUGAGGGCCAGGAUACUAGCCUUCGAGCAGCAGCAGGGGGCCGACGGGAGCGGCGGAGAAGGUGACUUUGUCGUCGCAAAGAGACCCGAACCUCGGCCACGCCCCCGUCUCCAGGGGCAACCGGCCAAAUCUGUCCCGCCCACUGUCGCGCCGAAACCUAAAAGCCUGUCACAGACACCCAAGCCGUCCAGCAAAGUAUUCUGGGAGGACGGCGGUUUGCUGGAGUCGAGUCUCACCGAGGCUCAGACUGAACCAGCGCCCCCCAUGAACGCUGCUCCGGCUUUGGAGCCCCCCCUCUGCAGCAACGCCGAAAAGCCCUCCGUCCCGCCAAAGCCCACGGACCCCCCCGCCCCCGUUCCGGCUCCUAGACCCCCACCGCCCAAAUCCGCCCCCUCCCUCGGUGAACCGGCCAACCCCAAACCUCCGCCCAGACCCCCGGUGGCCCCCAGGGCUCCGCCUCAGGAUAAGAGCGCCGCGGCCCCCCCGACUCUGCCCGCCAGACCCUCGGUGGAGGCCGAGACCGGAGACCAGGCGGAGACACGGGACGCCGACAAGCAAACUGUGAAAGUAGGAAGUCGUCCAGGAGUCCCGACCAAACCAGCAGCUCUGGUGUCACCUCGCAGGGCCAGCGCUCCAAAUCUGGCCCCAAAACCUGCAGCUGGCGCCGCGGCGCCGCGACCCUCAGGGCCGACCGCGGGCCUCCAGCCUCCGGCUCCGGCUCUGAGAAAGGGCCCCAGACCAGGAAGUACCACCGCAAGCCCCAACCCCUCGGACCCCCCCCUGCCUCCACGGCCUUCCAGCGCAAAGCACCUCCCCCUUCGUCCUCCACCAAUCAAAUCCACUCCUGGUCGACCUCCGCCUCCAACCAUCAGCUCGGCGUACUCGGCCAACCAGACGGCUCCUCCUGCGGACAAAACAGGCCCCGCCCCCUCGGCGGGCCAGUGUUCGCCAUCAGCCACCACCACGUCCUGUUCCCCUGUAUCAGCCAAUCAGAUGCAGCCUCAACCAGCGUCAAAGAAAGGGCCCCCACUGCCCCCCCGCCCAAAAUCUGGACACCCCCUUUAUGACCGCUACGUGAAACAGGAAGUGCUGAUAGUCCUGGACGACCCGCCCCCCUCAGAGCACUCAACGGGGGACGGGGGGAGUCAAACAGUUGUUCACCCACAGCAGUGUCUCCUGGACGUGGACACCCAACCAGGGGCGCCUCUCGACCAAGACGGCCAAUCAAAACCCUCCUUGGAGGGCCUCGGCCUAUCAGAGUCCCAGUCGAUUCUACCCAUUGAGCCCAAAGAAAAGCCAGACCCCCCCCCUGUCAGCGGCCCUCGCUGCGUGGCCCUCUUUGACUACGAGGGCGAGGAGGACGACGAGCUCACCUUCUCUCAGGGCGACGUCAUCGGCCUCCUGCAGCUGGUGGGGGCGGAGUGGGGGCGGGGCCAAAUCCACGGGCGGGUCGGCGCGUUCCCGCUGAACUUCGUGGAGGUGGUGGAGCCGCUUGGCGGGAAACCCACGGCAACGCCGAGCGCCGUCACAGGAAGUACCGAACCAGAGGCCCCACCGGACCCCCCCUCAGAGGAGUGGGCCGAGGCUCUGUUCGACUUCCCGGCUCAGACCGCCGACGACCUCUCCUUCCACAAGGGGGCGCUCAUCCAGGUGUUGGAGCACCUGGACCCCCAGUGGAGGAGAGGGAGGCUGGAGGGGAGGGAGGGCAUCUACCCCGCCGCCUUCACACAGCGCUGUCAGGCUCAGCCAAUCACAGGCCAGCAGAUGGCGGUUAGAGGAGUGGCCAAGUUUGACUUCACAGCUGAGAGCGAGGAUGAGCUCACUUUGAAGGUUGGUGACAUCAUCACGCAGGUGGAGUUUGUGGAUGAGCAGUGGAUUCUGGGAGUUGUGGACCAGAGGCGUGGGAUUGUUCCUAAAAACUACAUUUCCCUUCUCUGAUGAGACAACAGUCAAACUUCUUCUUCUUCUGUUUUCUUGUGGUCACUGACCUUCCAAAAACUCCCGGAAUAUUUGCAUUAUUUUCAAUAGUUUGCUCAAUAGAUGGAGGAACUGGAGCUGUGACGGGUCGUCCGUCCUGGAUUUGACUGUUUUCAUCUUUCAUCUCUCUUAGAGUAGUUAAACACGUGCUUAAUAAUUUCCAUAAUGCUUUAAAACUAAAAUUACAUAUUAUAAAGCCGUAUUUUAAAGGUAAAAUACCCAAAUACUUUAAUAAUGCACUAUAAUUCGUAUUGUAACAGUUACACACACGCUUUAUACAGUGUAAAGACAUAUAUUUUGUGUCUUUUUCAGAUUGACAAUAGUUAAAAAGAAUAAACACUUCAAUUAACCACUAAUCACAUUAUAAUACAUUUUAAAAAAUGGUUAAAUGUAUUACAUUUAUAAGAGUUAAUUUACAUUAUGAUCCUCACCUAAGAAUAAAAUGUUGCAUACGUGACUUUCAGAAUAAUUUUUAAAAGCUUUAUAAUGUGUUACGAUUUCUGUCAUAAAGCAUUAUUAUUAUUAUUAUUACAUAUUAAGUGCUCAUUAAUAUUACUAUGCAAUUGUUUAAUUCACUCUACAGCAGCAACAGUCAAUGAGGAAUAAUUACAACUAUAAUAACAUACAAAUGUCCAUAAAUCCACUUUUCACUUAUUGCACCUGACCAUCGGAUGUGUAGCCUUUAUUAACAUUUUGGGGAGAAGAUCUUGUUUGUGAGGAAUGAAAUGUUUAAACCUUUAAUCUUUUUAGACUAAGCCUCAAAGACUCUUUUUCUAAAUCUGUGUAACUUGACACUAGAGGAGGGAUCAAAGGAGGACGAGCUACGUAUUAAUGAGACGCUCAAAUCAAAUGUUUAACAUCCAUUUCCUGUUUGAUUCCAUUAAGAGCGACUCGUUAGGAACGUCGCCUUCGUAUUGCAAGUUUUAACCAAACAUUGAAACUUUUUAACAAAUAAAACUGAUAUUUCAAUUAUUA